UGGAGCGCAAAUUCGUGCGUAAUCCAGUUUUAUAUUCGAAAUAUUCGGCAUUUAUGAAGGAGUACCUGUCCCUUGAUCAUAUGUCUCUGGUUCCAAAUGAAGAUAGACACAAGUGCAGAUAUUUCUUGCCGCAUCAUUGCGUCAUUAAAGAGGAUAGCUCCACGACAAAGCUGAGAGUCGUAUUCGACGGCUCUGCAGUUACCACAUCUGGUCUCUCGUUGAAUGAUCUGCUUAUGUCAGGUCCCACCAUUCAAUCCAAGCUGUUUCACACUCUCCUUCGAUUUCGUACAUUUUCCAUUGCUCUUACAGGCGAUAUCGGUAAGAUGUAUAGGUGCGUGCGUGUCUCAAUGCCCGACACCAUGCUCCAAUGCAUCUUGUGGAGGGACUCUGUUGACGACGAUAUAAAGAUCUUCAAGCUAAACACCGUCACCUAUGGGACUAAGCCUGCAUCGUUUUUAGCUAUUCGAGCUAUGCAUCAGCUGGCCAUGGAUGAGUCGUCUUCGUAUCCAUUGGGUUCGGAAACCAUUCUACAGGACUUCUACGUAGACGAUAUGAUUUCUGGAGGAAAUUCAGUCGAGGAAGUGCUGGAUAUUAUGCGUCAAACCACGGAGCUUCUUGCUUGUGGCAAUUUUCAGUUAAGGAAAUGGUGUUCAAACUCUCCUGAUGUUCUUCGUGAAGUCCCUGAGGCAGAAAGGGAAAGUUUUCUGAAGCUCGAUGAUGGCAGCGAUGUGACCAAGGCGCUUGGACUCAUCUGGGAACCCCAGAGGGACAAGUUCCUGUUUACUUUUGCACCUCAAAUCGGUGUUGGCAAGCACACUAAGCGUUCGGUGUUGUCAACCAUUGCACGGUGCUAUGAUCCUAUGGGAUUGAUUGGACCCACAUUGACCAGAGCGAAAAUCAUCAUGCAGCGCAUGUGGAGAGACAAGCUGCAUUGGGAUGAAAGUCUUCCUCAGCCACUGGAAUCGGCUUGGACUGAGUUUUGCAAGGACUUCGCUACUGUGGGUAACGCUACAUUUCCGCGUUAUAUACUUCAACCUAAGGCAAGGUUUGAGUUGCAUGCCUUUUGUGAUGCCAGCCUCCAGGCCUAUGGGGCUUGUAUCUACGCUCGUUCGUUUAGGGAUACCGCCGAUGAGGUACAUUUGCUUUGCUCGAAGGCUAGAGUUGCACCAUUGAAAACCCUCACGGUGCCUAAGCUUGAGCUAUGUGCAGCGUUCCUGUUAGCCAAUUUACUUCGCGAAAUUAGGAAAAUCGAUACCUUCGACUGCCCGAUCCAUUGCUGGUCGGAUUCAACUGUGGUACUGUCUUGGUUGCGAGAGGAACCAUCCAAAUUCAACGUGUUUGUGUCUAACAAGAUUUCCGCAAUACAGCAACUUACGAGGGGCAUGGAUUGGCGCUAUGUACCAACUGAAAUGAACCCGGCUGACAUUCUUUCAAAGGGAGCAGCGCCUCAGGAGCUCUUGCAGUCUAGGUUGUGGAUGAAUGGACCUUCUUUCUUGCAAGGCGAAAGAAGUAACUGGCCUGAACGUUGUUCGCCCGAACUCAGUCUUCCGGAAAUUAGGCAUCGAGUAUUGCUGUCGUCUGAGCGUGUCGACAUCUCGCUUUCGUUUAAGCACAUUAACUCAUUCGGAGUCAUGAUGCGCAUUUUCGGAUAUGUUCAUAAGUUCGUCAGCAAGAAAAGGUCACUUGAUCUCUCGUCUGAAGACCUUCGCAAAGGAUCGCACUUGUUGUGUCGCAUCGUUCAACGCGCCCACCUUCAUCCCGAGUACCGUGCUCUGCGGAAGGGGAACUGUGUGGAGUCCUCCAGCAGCAUUAUAUCUCUCUCGCCUUUCAUAGAUGACGUUGGUUUGAUUCGUGUUGGUGGUCGCUUGCGGCACUCAACUCUUGGCUUCGAUGCACGCCACCCAAUAAUUUUGCCCAGGGAUCAUCCAUUGACGUUCGCCAUCAUCAUGCACUUUCAUCGGAAGCAUCACCAUGCUGGGCCGCAGUCUCUACUGGGAUCUAUUCGCUUGCAGUUCUGGCCCAUCGGCGGCAUGAAAACUGUUGCUCGAGCGUUGCGGAAAUGCAUCAUCUGCUGCAGGUCCAGACCUCGUCUUGUGGAACACAUAAUGGCUGACCUACCGAAGGAUCGAGUGCAGGAUUCGCCUGCAUUCAGCGUCACUGAUGCAGUUCAUAAUCAUUGCAUCAACAAUGGCUUCAAUUGGAAGUUUAUCCCGCCUCGCUCACCCCACUUCGGGGGCUUGUGGGAGGCAGCAGUGAAGAUGGCCAAGCAGCAUUUAUAUCGCUCCCUGGGAUCGUCACUCUUUGGUUUUGACGAGCUGCGGACAUUGGUCUGCCAAAUCCAGGCUGUAAUAAAUUCUCGUCCUCUUCUCGCAAUUUCAGAAAACCCUGAAGAUCUUGGCGUCCUUACACCAGGACAUUUUCUAAUUGGUCGUCCGCUGAUGGAGUUUCCCGAGCCAGAUGUUACAAAUCUGAACUUUAACAGACUAGAUUGCUGGCAAAGAGUCGCCUGUGCUCAGCAGAUCUUUUGGAAGCGUUGGAGUGAGGAGUAUUUGACUCUGCUACAACAACGUGCCAAAUGGCGCACACCGCAGCCAUCGAUCCAAGUCAACGACAUCGUCUGUAUAAAGGACGAAAACUUGCCGCCGUUGAAGUGGCCAUUAGCACGGGUGAUCGACAUCAUCGCUGGAGCUGAUGGCACUGUGCGAGUUGCCGUCCUGAGAACACCGUCUGGAACCACUCGUCGAGCUGUCAACAAGCUGUGCGUCCUACCCGUUGAGGAUCCUGUUAAAAGCCCUAGUCUUUCAACGGGGGGGAGUAUGUUCGGAGCAGCAGCCGAUAAUAGUUCUUCUUAAUAUCAUAUAGUCAUACAUCAUCUCUUAUACUGCUUAUACUUGUCGCUCUCUCAGUACGCUCCCGUACACACGCACAUAUGCUAGUACUGCUUAUAGUGCAUUGCUUCGCCCUGUUCUCGGUUCAGUCCAAAGAUUCGUCGAACGCAUCGCAUCGAGUCGUAGUUCACGGCCACGGCCUCAAACCAUUUGUAACCCGUCGUGAAAAUAAAACCCAUUUGUAAACUUAACCAACGGAGUAAAUUAUUGUAAA